CUCUCUCGCUGCAAGGAGGGAAAACAGCAUCAACGGCCAAGCCACAGUAACAGCACAUGCAACAGGGAGCAGACAUCACCCUCUGCUUUGUCACCUCUCCACUUUGACUCUCAUUCUGCCUAGAGGAAGGCUGCAGGGAAGAAAAGAAGAGCAUAGGAGUGCAGCAGAGCAGGUGGAGAUCUGCUAUCCCUCUCCUUUUGAUCAAGAGAUCAAGAAGGGAAAAAUUAAAAGGAAAAAGGGCAAAGGGAGUGGAAAAUUUCUCUUGCGCAAUCUUUCAAUCUGACAAAGAAGACUUACAGAAACAGGGGAGACUGAACGAAUCAGGCUAGGUUAGUAGGCAACAGAGUUAAGAAUGAAGUGAAGAUGCCACCUGUGGCACUAGUUUGAUCGAAGAAGAGCCUCCUCAACUCAACGUGCUUCCCACGUCUCUUCGACCAGAUUUUUAACACCAAUGGCUUCCAAAAAGAAGUGGGCCGAACGCAGGGAGUUGCGAAGGGAGCGGCCAUUCUCCACCCGGGAUGAUUCAUCUGUUGCAUCUGGGACAUCCGGGCCAGGACGUCCCACCACCAGGGGGCGUUUCUCAGAGUCAUGGAAGAGACUCAGCUCCAGAGGGGGGUCCACCAAGAGGGGGGGGCUCAACUCUCAGCCACCGGCACAGAAGUCAUGGAUAGAGCGAGCAUUCAGCAAGAGAGAAUGUGUCCAUAUCAUAGUGAGCGCCAAAGACCCCCAUAGGUGCUGUUGUGGUCGUCUGAUAGGUCAGCAUGUGGGUCUGCCCCCAGGCAUCUCGUCCAGUCAUAAUGAUAAGGCAGAGCGUUUGGCCAAGAAUAACAGUCUGUUGGAGAAGUGGUCGAUCAGCAAACACACGCAGCUCAGCCCCACUGAUGCCUUCGGCACCAUUGAGUUCCAGGGAGGAGGACAUUCUAACAAAGCCAUGUAUGUCCGAGUGUCUUAUGACACCAAGCCUGACCUGCUGCUUCACCUGAUGACCAAGGAGUGGCAGGGGGGGGGGCUGCUAAUCUCAGUCCACGGGGGUCUUCAGAACUUUGAAUUACAACCCAAACUCAAGCAGGUCUUUGGCAAAGGGCUCAUCAAAGCUGCCAUGACAACAGGCGCCUGGAUAUUCACUGGAGGGGUCAACACAGGUGUGAUUCGCCAUGUAGGUGAUGCACUGAAGGACCACGCCUCCAAAUCAAGGGGGAAGAUCUGCACCAUUGGAAUUGCUCCUUGGGGCAUCGUAGAAAAUCAGGAGGAUCUUGUUGGCAAAGAUGUGGUGCGUCCGUAUCAGACCAUGUCCAACCCAAUGAGCAAGCUAACAGUUCUAAACAGUCUCCACUCCCACUUCAUCCUGGCAGACAACGGCACCACGGGGAAGUACGGCGCUGAGGUCAAACUUCGACGCCAGCUAGAGAAACACAUCUCCCUACAGAAGAUCAACACACGUAUCGGUCAGGGUGUGCCAGUGGUGGCUCUGAUUGUAGAGGGAGGCCCUAAUGUGAUCUCCAUAGUGCUGGAGUACCUCAGGGACACUCCUCCAGUCCCUGUGGUGGUGUGUGAUGGCAGCGGCAGAGCCUCGGACAUCUUGGCCUUCGGACACAAAUACUCUGAGGAGGGAGGCAUAAUUAACGAGUCUCUAAGAGACCAGUUGCUGGUGACCAUCCAGAAGACAUUCACCUACAGCCGCACGCAGGCGCAACAUCUGUUUAUCAUUCUCAUGGAGUGCAUGAAGAAGAAGGAGCUGAUAACAGUUUUUCGGAUGGGGUCGGAGGAUCAUCAGGACAUUGACCUUGCCAUCCUCACUGCAUUGCUCAAAGGUGCCAACGCUUCCGCUCCUGACCAGCUCAGUUUGGCUCUGGCAUGGAACAGAGUGGACAUCGCUCGCAGUCAGAUCUUCAUAUACGGACAGCACUGGCCCGUCGGUUCCCUGGAGCAGGCGAUGCUCGAUGCCUUAGUUCUGGACAGAGUGGACUUUGUCAAGUUGCUGAUUGAAAAUGGAGUCAGUAUGCAUCGCUUCCUCACGCUUUCCAGAUUGGAGGAGCUCUACAACACGAGACAUGGACCAUCCAACACACUAUACCACCUUGUCAGGGAUGUCAAAAAGCGAGAAUAUCCAGGGUUCAGUUGGAUCUACUUCAAGGGAAACCUGCCCCCGGACUACCGCAUCAGCCUCGUCGACAUUGGACUGGUCAUUGAAUACCUCAUGGGUGGGGCAUAUCGGUGCAACUACACCAGGAAGAGAUUCAGAACUUUAUACCACAACCUUUUUGGACCCAAGAGGCCCAAAGCCCUGAAACUGCUGGGGAUGGAGGAUGAAAUGCCAAUACGCAGAGGACGCCAGAAGACCACCCGUAAACGAGAGGAGGAGGUGGACAUCGAUUUGGACGACCCAGAAAUCAACCACUUCCCUUUCCCCUUUCAUGAGCUGAUGGUGUGGGCUGUGCUUAUGAAACGUCAGAAGAUGGCACUGUUCUUUUGGCAGCAUGGUGAAGAGGCCAUGGCCAAGGCCUUGGUCGCCUGUAAGCUUUGUAAGGCUAUGGCACAUGAAGCCUCUGAGAACGACAUGGUAGACGACAUUUCCCAGGAGCUAAACCACAAUUCCAGAGAGUUUGGCCAGCUGGCAGUGGAACUCCUAGACCAGUCCUAUAAACAGGAUGAGCAGAUGGCCAUGAAGCUUCUGACGUACGAGCUGAAGAACUGGAGCAACGCCACCUGCUUGCAGCUGGCGGUAGCUGCCAAGCACAGAGAUUUCAUCGCUCACACCUGUAGUCAGAUGCUACUGACUGACAUGUGGAUGGGACGCCUGCGCAUGCGCAAGAACUCAGGCCUAAAGGUAAUCUUAGGGUUGCUCCUGCCACCGUCCAUCCUGAGUCUGGAGUUCAAGAACAAGGAUGAGAUGUCCUACGUGCCCCAGGAUCAGGAGAACUACCUGCAAGAGAAGGAGGAGGAGGAGCCUGAAAAACCAGUCAAGGAGAAGGAGGACGAAGACAUGGAGUUCACAGUAAGAUCUUACUGUGAGGCGCAGUACAACUCCGUGGCAAUGCUGGGUAAGGUAACCGCAGAGGCAUCCAGAAAGAAGGAUGUUGAGGAGGUUCAGCACCGCCACCGCCUCAUCCCCAUGGGACGCAAGAUAUACGAGUUCUACAAUGCUCCAAUUGUCAAGUUUUGGUUCCAUACGAUGGCAUAUGUGGGCUACCUGAUGUUGUUCAACUACAUUGUCCUGGUCAAGAUGGACUUGUGGCCUUUGCCUCAAGAAUGGAUCGUCAUCGCUUACAUCUUCACCAAUGGCAUUGAGAAGAUGAGAGAGAUCUUGAUGUCAGAGCCUGGGAAAUUGUUGCAGAAGGUGAAGGUGUGGCUUCAGGAGUAUUGGAACAUCACAGACCUUAUGGCCAUCCUCAUAUUCUCCGUCGGCAUGGUUCUGCGUCUCCAGGAGCCACCACUCAUGAGCUAUGGGCGGGUCAUCUAUUGCGUUAACAUCAUUUAUUGGUACAUCCGGCUGCUUGACAUCUUUGGAGUCAACAAGUACCUGGGUCCCUAUGUGAUGAUGAUUGGCAAGAUGAUGAUCGACAUGAUGUAUUUUGUGAUCAUCAUGUUGGUGGUGUUGAUGAGUUUUGGAGUGGCACGGCAGGCCAUUCUCCACCCUAAUGAAGACCCAUCCUGGAUGCUAGCUAGGAACAUCUUCUUCAUGCCUUACUGGAUGAUCUACGGAGAGGUGUUUGCCGACCAGAUUGACCAUAUGCAUAGUAGGAAGUUACAGCACAAGCUGAAUGAAAAACUCUGGCUGGUCGAAAAUUACUUUCGAACUCACGGAACCUGGCGUAAUAAUGGUCAAUCCCACAUUGCCCAGUGCAGUCAAAAUCCCACCCCCUGUGGGCAGAACAUCACUACAGAGGAUGGGGUGGUGGUGGCGCUGCCUCCCUGCAAGACGGGCGCCUGGAUUGUCCCAGCCAUUAUGGCCUGCUAUCUGCUGGUGGCCAACAUACUGCUGGUCAACCUACUCAUAGCUGUGUUCAAUAAUACAUUCUUUGAAGUGAAGUCUAUCUCCAAUCAAGUCUGGAAGUUCCAACGCUACCAGCUCAUUAUGACCUUCCAUGAGCGUCCGGUGCUUCCUCCGCCUCUCAUCAUCUUCAGUCACAUCACGAUGGUCCUCAAGCACCUGUGUUGUCGCUGGCGCAAGCAUGACGAUGACGAAAGGGACUACGGACUGAAGCUUUUCAUCACAGAGGAUGAACUUAAGAAAGUCCACGACUUUGAGGAGCAAUGUAUAGAAGAGUACUUCAGAGAAAAAGAAGACAGAUUCCACUCCUCUAAUGAUGAGCGGAUCAGAGUCACUUCUGAAAGGGUGGAGAACAUGGCAAUGCGUCUGGAGGAAGUUAAUGAGAGGGAACACUUCAUGAAAGCAUCACUGCAGACUGUUGAUAUUCGACUGGCUCAAAUGGAAGAGAUGAUUGGACGAAUUGCUGUAGCGCUGGAGCGUGUGACGGGGGUUGAACGUGGUGAAGUCAACAAAGCACGUUCCCGAACUUCAUCUGACUGCACAGACUCUGCGUACAUACUUCGCCAGGGUGAGUGCCCAGAUGCAUCUUACAUCCAUCGUCAAAGCAGCUUUAACAGCACAGAAGGCAAUAACUACCGUUUACAGGAGGCACUAGAGGGAGCAGCUGAGGGCUCCAUGUCCCCUCCCUCUCCUACUACUAUGGCUGCACGGACAAGGAGCCACUCAUUUUAUGUUGGUGGCGGUCGUGGUGGUGAACGAGCAAGUGGAGUUGAACGAGCUGAGAGUUUCUUCAAAGAGCGCUCACUCAGUCUCCACCGAGCCAACAGCUCACAGUCUGUCUCUUCAGGUGCUGCCCCCAAGGAGUCUAAGCCCCUCCCCCUGGCGACGCUAUCGGUCUCCCAGCAGCACCGUCCAUCAUCAUGCAUUGAUAUUUAUGUUUCAGCUUCUGAGGAGGUGGGGCCUGCAGAGGUCUUUCUGAAUCCUCUCCGUAUUGUCCCACCGCUCCAGAGAGACUGCUCGUUGCAGUCAGAUAUCCUGGAAACGGUGCUGCCGGGAGGCCGGGACUACAGCAGCGCUGCCACCAGCGGUUUGGGCGACAGGCACUCGGAGGGCGGUGCAGGCAGCAGCACCACAGCUGGCGCCGUGUUUGACGACAGUGCAGCUGUUGAUUUGUCACUGUGCUCAGCCCACCUCUUACCAGAUACCACAUUACCUCCUUGGGACAUAGAACCAUCCCCACCUCCUUCAGCAGGGCUGCUCGAACGUUCAAAGAGCAGCCGCUACCUCUGUACGGCAGGCACAGCAUUCCUGGAUGAGCCUCCCCUGGUCAAAUCCCACAGCCUCAUGUUCACGCCAAGGGGCUGCUACAGUGGACUUGGUGCAGGAGUCCAAGUAAAAGCUGCAGAGUACACCAGCAUCACUGACUGCAUCGAUACACGGUGUGUCUCAGCUCCAUACGCUCCUGCAGAACGCUCACAAUCCCCCGGAGGAUCCACCUCAUUCCCCUUUGAUAAGCCGCCAGACAUAGGUUCCUCUCAUCCAGAAAGAGAGGCAGAGCUUAGUCACACAGAGUCUGAUCCAGAGGACCCUGAGGACCUGAUUCCAGCCCCUGACACCCCUCGCCUAGGGGUCCUUAGUGGGCCCAGUGGGGCCCCUCUCUGCUCCACCUUCUCCAAGCUGGAGCGAGCAAACAGCUGCUCCUCAGAUGACUCCCAUCCUUCCCUCACAGUGGCCCCUCCACACCGGAAGAGCCUGUCAGUGAGUGAGAGGAUGGAGAGGGGACCAGGUCUGGGGGCAGACAGGGGGCCUGGGCCUGGGGGCCGGGGUCUGGCAGGAACCAGAAACCCCUUCCUCAGGAGCAAGUCUGGAGCACGGCCUGAAGCUGCCAAGACUGACAGUCUCUCCAUGAGAAAGCUGGCCACUCCAUCGGCUUUCCGCAGCUUUGACAGACAAAACUACACGUGACAAGGGCACUGGUCACCACACUCACACACUGAUAGGACCAUGGAGGAAAACUGAAAGGGCCAUCGGUAAAAGUGAAAAAAUGGAUGAGGUUGCCUCUAGAUACAGAUCUGGACUACAGUUGUUUUUUUUUUUGUUUUUUUUUCACUUGUCACAUUUUAUUCAUUGUUAGUGCUGGAGGGCAGCUUUACUCUGGAUCAUGAAUCAAGGGAAAGGGAUGGGAGAUGCAGGGGUCCUGCUGUCCACCAGUCAAAAACUAAGAGCUAUGAAUCUAGACUAGUUUUUAUCUCCUCUUGUAGCUAAGUAGCUAAAUCUCAAUGUGAUGUUAUGGAAAUGGAAGGUGUAUUUGUACCGUAUGUCUUCCACCCACCACCUUUGCAUCAAGUAGACAUCUGUCACUGUGUUACAUCACAUAUCAAACACAUUAUUCAGAGGACUAUACUGUUACUCCUAGCUGCAUUAUGUAGUAGAAGCUGUCAAGUCUGAGCAACACGGAAAGAGGAGAGAGAAAGAUAAAGACACCUUCUCAUUUUGUCUUAGUAUAGAGUCAUUACUGUCACAAAACUAUUGCAGAAUUUUAAAUAAAUUUUCCUCCAACUCCAUCCUGUAAAGGCCCAACACUAGCAAACAGCAAGAACAACACUUCUGGCUGCUUCAUAAACAAAUCACUGAAGUGUUUGGAACUAUUUCCCCUGUGUGGUUGCACUGGAAAUGGCUGUAAUAUGGCAACUACUGUACUUAACUCUGGAUGCAAAACUUCACCUUUGAAAUAAUCAUAUAUGUCUUUUGUUCACAUACUGUAGCAUAUUUACUGAUAAAAUAGUUCUUAUUUUUAGUCAGUUCAUCUAGAAAAAGAGACCAGUGUUUGAACAUAUUCCAGUCGAAAGGUCAUUACUGUAUCACAUUUCCAGUAAUGGGUGUCAAGUCUCAACAAUCUGUACAAUAUCUGCAGUGACUGGAACAGUGGAAACUAGAUUAUUUAGCCAUGGGAUAAGAGUGAAAAGCUAAACAUUAUCAGGAAACAUUAACAAAGAAAAUAUGAAAACUGAGAUUAGCAGGUCACAAUAUUUAUUUUUUAAGGCUCAUGCUUUCUGCACUGAUUGGAGGCAUGAGCCUAUAUCAGGACAAAUAAUGAUGGCAUUCAGUGUGUUGAAGGCCCAUGCAGAAAAUAAGAAAUGAAAUAGAAGAGUUUUAUAAAGUGCAUGUUGACAUUCUCAUGCAUAUUUUCAUGUCCUCACACAUAGAUGGUCAGUGAGAUCCUACUCAUCAAAUCUCUAAAUUCAGACCUGGGGCCUCAUUUAUAAGACUGUGCAUAGGAUCCAUAUCAAAAGUUUAUGUGCGCACAAAACACAGAAAUGGCUGGAUGCCUUAAACGCUUUGCCGCACGGUAUCAGAGUAUGGACUGGCCUGCAGAGACAUGGGAGCACUAAAAUUCACAGCUUUGUGUCUGUUAAGCCUGCAAAGAUAAAGACGCGUACAUAGCUGAAGAAAUCCCACUGUAAAUAUCUUUAAAAAAACAAGAAGCAUGUUAUGUGUGUAACUCCAAAAUCCAUGUGUUUCUGUCAUUUUCACAGCUGCUGAUGAGAGCAGGAGGUGUAUGUGAAGUGCCAGGAGAACGUAAAGGGUCUGACAGCACAGCGGGCUCUUUAGUGUGUUCUGUGCACCUGGUGCCCCUGACAGCACAGUCAUGUGUUCACCGAGGACAUGUUAUACAAAAUGAAAACAUAUGAAAAUGAAUUAAAAAUGUAACUGGCCAUAUAAUCAUUCAUUCGUUAGAAAUCUACCGAUGCUUUCUAUAAAAAAAGGUCAUGCAGUUUGGUGAUUACUGCAGUGUUUAGCCUACUGUGGUUGAGAUAUAAAGGAAUUAGGAUAUUCAGAGUCAAUAGCAGGGAAAGGUAAGUCCGUCUUUCCCAAACCCGCCACCUGGCACAUCCUGGCAUCAUCCUUGGCAGUUCAGCUGCACUGUGCUUCAAAACCAAGCAUCAGUAUUAACUUAAGAUUUGGGAUGGCCUGCAUCUUUUAAAACAGAGAGGUGCUUAUGGAAUAAUUAGUGCCCUGCAAGCACAAACACAACAUAACACAACCGCCUGAAUAUUUAUCACAAUUAAAACAUAAUUACUAUUUUGAUAUGAAAUGAAAUUAAACCUAUAAAAGGUAUCAGUAUAAAAUCCAGCUUCAGUUCAUUGCUUCAUCAUCUGUGUCAC